GCUGCUCCACUCUGGGCAAGUUGACUUCAUGGUUGUAAAUUAGUGGUUAAGGUUCGAUAUUAUUGCCCCUUUUCCAGCCCUGAAGGCUGUUUUGGAACCAAGUGUCUCUGGUUUCGCGGGUGACUGGCUUUUUUUUUUUUUUUUUUUUUUUUUGGCAAGUCAGUCAUUCGAAUUUCUGGUAUUAAAAAAAAAAAAAAACCUCUGGCGGUACGGUAGCUGAGGAGGUUCCAGUGCGGCGGAAGUACCCCGCGGGUGGGUGUGUGCGCGCGCAAGGCCGGGACCAGAGGUGCACGUGGCGCCGGGAGUAAAGAGAAUGUCUUUUCGAGGCGGAGGUCGUGGAGGCUUUAAUCGAGGUGGUGGAGGUGGCGGCUUCAGCCGUGGCAGCAGCAGCAACCACUUCCGAGGUGGAGGUGGAGGCGGUGGCGGAGGCGGCGGCAAUUUCAGAGGCGGCGGCAGGGGAGGAUUUGGACGAGGGGGUGGCCGCGGAGGCUUUAACAAAGGCCAAGACCAAGGACCUCCAGAACGUGUAGUCUUAUUAGGAGAGUUCCUGCAUCCCUGUGAAGAUGACAUAGUUUGUAAAUGUACCACAGAUGAAAAUAAAGUGCCUUAUUUCAAUGCCCCUGUUUACUUAGAAAACAAAGAACAAAUUGGAAAAGUGGAUGAAAUAUUUGGACAACUUAGAGAUUUUUAUUUUUCAGUUAAAUUGUCAGAAAAUAUGAAGGCUUCAUCCUUUAAAAAACUACAGAAGUUUUAUAUAGACCCGUAUAAGCUGCUGCCACUGCAGAGGUUUUUACCUCGACCUCCUGGUGAGAAAGGACCUCCAAGAGGUGGUGGCAGGGGAGGCCGAGGAGGAGGCCGAGGAGGAGGUGGCAGAGGUGGUGGCAGAGGCGGUGGUUUUAGAGGUGGAAGAGGAGGUGGAGGUGGGGGCUUCCGAGGAGGAAGAGGGGGUGGUGGUUUCAGAGGGAGAGGACAUUAAGUGAAAUAGUUGGCAGACAUCACCAGUUGACUUCUGCAUAAACCUGCAUGAUCUGUUUCUACUGUGGAUUGGAAACUUGUUUCUUGAGCAAGUCUUGAAGAUCUUGGUUGUUUUAUGACAAUGGAUCUAAAAUGUCAGCAUUACACCAAGUGCAACGGAAUAGUGGAUUUUGCUCUAAAAGAGCAUGAACAAAUCUUUUUAAUGUUUUGUAUAGUGCCUGGCACUCUGUGGGUGCUUAAUAAAUGGACAGGAGUUUUCAUUU